UACUCUAGUAACCACGGGAAUGCCACGGACUUUCACAAAAACUACCCACUGCGACAGACACGUAGCGAAGUUUUGAAACUCUCUUUAAACGCACUAGGGUGACACGGGAGACGGGUGAUAGUGCUCGAAAUGACGCAGGCCAAGGACGAGAUAUCAUUACUCCACGAUGUUGGCAGUUAGUGGCUGAUGAGCCGAAUCUCAGAAAGCAGCGGCCGUGACAGAUAGGAGCGAGAAGGAGAAUGCUCGGACACGAAAGACUUUCAUCUCGUUUCACUCCUGGCCCUGCCGCGACGAUGAAGGGUGUGGCAACGCUAAUAUUCCUCCUCUGGAUCAAUUUAGGGGCCAACUACAGAAUCACGGGUUCAUUCGUGCACUCGAAAAUCGGAGCACUCUCAAGGCUGUACAGAAGGGAAGUCUUCAACAGUGCCAGCCCCGCGUUACGAAUCUCUGACCUUGAGGCCACAGUUCACGGCGGUAACCGAGCCACUGUCAAGUGGGAGAAUGCCACGGGCCCGGUGACAGGCUACAACAUGACAGUGUGCUCUGUCAGUGAUCAACCUAGGUGUGAAUCAGCCACGGGCCAUAAGACGAGCUACAACCUUCAUCAUCUUGAGUCUGGAACACGGUACCAAGUCGACGUCUACGCUUACUUCAAUGACGGUGGUGACACUACGAAUGGAAGAAAUGAGAGGAUAUUCUUCACGACAACAAAACUCCCAUCCGUGGAGAACCUCGAAGCGACACCACUUGGUUCUACGUCAGUCGAGCUCAGGUGGGCACCCAUCGAGGAUAACGUGACGCACUUUGACAUUGACGCCUGUCCGGCGGAGGGAGGUGCCUGCGUUCACGCCUUCACGUCCACCACUGGCCACAUCCUCGGUGGCCUGAAUCCUGAGACGAGCUACAAGAUACACGUCCGUAGCGCGAUCGAAGAAGAGAAAGAACUUUCGUUUGGUCCUAGGACUACAGUGGAGGCUACCACAACCAUGCUGCCGGGAAUUUCCGACGCUGUUAUUAGGGCCACUUGCGACCAUUUCAUCAUCGCAUCCUGGAACUAUACCUUUGAAAGCGUCACUGGCUUCCUCCUGAACCUGUGCACCGAAGGAGAGGCCUGCGUGACCCGGUCAGUUGACAAAGACGACCGAGAGCACAAAUUUAAGGUGGACCCCAUGCGACGGUCAUACACGCUUUCUAUGGAGGCGUACCUGUGGAAAGGGAACUCCAAACACUCAAGCAAGGUCGUUAACGUAUCCGUUACGUCAUUUCCUGAAGUUCCCAGGUUAGAUCGCUUUGAUGUCAAGCCAGUUUCGUCCAGCCAAGUCCGGGCCAGCUGGUACAACGACUUCAACGCUGAUGUCCGUAUACAAGUAUGCCCAUCGCAGUCGACAGACGCGAACUGCGCCACCUACGUAGCCCACGGUGCGCAGAAGGGCUACACACUCUACCCUUACUCGUGUCUCGGCCUUGCUGCCACAAGAGAAGUUACCACGCUCACAGAAGACUUCGCUGCUGAAGAUGGUCUCGGACAGUGUCCUAGGACCUGCGACAACGCCUUCACACAGGACCUUCUGGGAGCUGUCUGCAUAUAUGACGAUAAGCUGAUGCAAAUGAUCAAGCAGAUCUCGGAGAAUGUGAAGGCGCUGACCCGGCGACGAGGACAACUCAACGCCAACAGUAGAGAUGAUAACAUCAGUGCAAAGUGCGAACUGAUAGAGGCCAAACUAAGGACACUGACGGAGAAGGAUGUGCGCAAGCGUUCAUGUAAAAAGUUCAUGGAAGCGUUGAUCAAAAGUUUGGAAGAUAUCGGCCCUGUACAGGAGCUCUCCUACCAUAUUACGAACGUCACCAUCCUCGCGGCAACGUGGCGGCAACCCCACACCAUACAAAACAUCGCAGGAUACGUCCUCGAAUGUGCUGAGCAACAGCAACAAAGCAUCAAGAAGGUAAAAAUACUUCCAGAAUCAGAGAUCGUUGAAGCGGGCUUGGAUUUGGAAGACCAAGUUGCAGCCUUCGAAUGCAGUGUGUGGGCAUUCUCUGAACAUCAUAAUGGAACCGCUGUUCUGUUCAACGUUACGACACUUGGACUGCAUCCUGUUACGAACCUAAGCUUUGUUGGUGGAUGUGACGGCAGUUUACAAGCAACGUGGUCGUACACGCACAAGAAUGAGGCUGGAUUCAAUCUCACAAUCUGCCGGCAGCCAGGAGAGAAAUGUAAUACCACCCUGGUCCAAAAGAACGUCCGACUUUACAAGUUUUCGGCAAAAGAGUUGGACGUUGAAUAUCAGCUGAGUGUGAGCGCGAUCGGCAAGAUUUCGGGAGUGAAUGUCCGUAGCAAAGAUGUUGUGGCGAGCGCCAUGUCUUUUCCACAUGACCCUGGCCCAGUUUGUAAUUUGGAAUACAAAAUUGACAACGUCACGAGGCUCGUGGCAAGCUGGGAUGGACCUGUCGCAAGCGUCCCUUACGAUGGUUACGCCUUGCAAUGCAUAGAGAAGAAAUUCGGCGCAGUGAAAAGUACGGAGACUUUGCAGGCGGAAAAGCACGCUAACAUCACGUUGGAUCUUGAAGAACAGCUAGCAGGGUUUUUUUGUGCAGUAUGGGCUUUCGCCUACAAUGGGACUGCACGGAACAAUGGAACGACCAACACCUUUUUUGUCAAGACAAAUGGCAUAGGUCCUCCAAAACAUGUUACACUUGUUGAAAGAACAGCAAUGAGCUUGGCUUAUUCAUGGGCAAAGGAUCGAAAUGCACCGAAAUGCCGAGUCGUGGUGGUGGCUAUUGGUGCGAGUGACGUAAUUCAAGACGACUGCAGCAGCAUCAGUGACGAGGAACUCGUUCGCUAUAACAUCACUGGUUUGACCCCGGGACGAGGAUACAACGUUUCAAUACAGAACUGUGCCGAAUACUGCGGCAUAGCGACAGUGAUCGACGAUCACACGAACGUUGCCGCGCCAUCAGUUGUGACGAACUUCACCGCCUCAGUCACUGGAUUCGUCAAUGUGACGUUCACAUGGGAAAAGCCAGCGGUACCAAAUGGUCCUAUCGAUGGGUACCUUAUCCGCAUCCUGAACGAAGACAACAACGUCACAACGGAAAUUCUCGCAGACUGGAUUGAGUACAGAUGCUACCAUCGUGGUGGGAUCAGAGUUUACUUAUUUUCGCUGUUCAAUCACUGCUUACAAUGUAAGAAAGCCAGAAGUGUAUCUGUGUAUGCGUUCAACUAUGGGUUCAACGAUGUGAAACGAGGCCCUGGGGCGAUGCUCGCAGCAUCUACUUCAAGUGUUGUUCCCCUGGUGGACUCUGCGGUUGUGAGAGCGCUGACAUCUAGUGCGCUGCAAAUUACAUGGACAACGGAGUGGAAAUACCAAAUACGCAUCGUCGUGUGCCCGUUGGAAGGUCCGAAGAGACGCUGCAACGAGUACAUCGUGGAUGGUGACAAGUACGUGUUCACAAUCACUGGACUCAAUGCGAGUACGCUGUACGAGGUUGACACAACUGCACAGACGACUCGUUACGGAAUGACCUGUGUGGGUCCAGUGUUCGAACAGGACGUGACUACGUUUUCUAUGGACAUAGGUCCUGUGCAAAACCUCAACCACACGGUGGUCAACGUAACGAUAAUCUCAGCCAGCUGGGACGAGCCUGCCAAUGCUGAGAGGAUUGACGGCUACACGAUUACUUGCAAGAACAAAGCAAGCGGCCACUCAACGACUGCUGAAUACCUUCGCUCUGCAAACAUGAGUGUCCUUCUGGACGUGAAGCAACAGCUCGCCCACUUCAACUGCUCGGUCAAUGCAUUUGCAACGUGGGACAGUGGACGCCAGGAAGGACUGGCUACAAUAUUCGAAGAAGCCACUGAUGGCAUAGAGCUGUGUGCAACGUGUGCAGUGCAGCGGGAUAUCACUGAGUUGCUCGACACAAAAGUAGAGGCAGUAUUUGUCGAACAUAAAAUCCUAGACUUAAACCCAGGAACGCUGUACGAUGUCUUCAUUCAGAACUGCGCCGACUACUGCGGUUUGUCCACAGUUGUCCGGAACACAACAGACGUAGAUGCGCCUUCACCUGUGAGGGAGCUUCAAUCAAAUCUAAGAGGCUUCUCUGAUGUUACCCUGACGUGGACACAGCCAAAGAUGCCCAAUGGACCAAUAGACGGAUACAUUGUGAAACUAUUGAACGAAGAGAAGAACAAAACUGAUGUUCAUACCAUUGACGGCAAAAAGGAGAGGUUCAGUGUUCAACUAUGCGACCAUUUCACUUACUUCAAGGCACACGUAUCCGCUUACAACAUUGACCACGCUCAUAAUUUUACGUUGUUUGGCGUUGAAGAGCAAAUAGACUUUGUUACUCUUGGGAACGUUCCGUCACUUCCGAGAAGUUUAAUCGUUCAGUCGUGGGGCACAACUUGGAUUGAUGUGAAGUGGCAACGUCCUAAAGCACCAAAUGGUCCCGUAAGUGGGUACAACAUCACAUGGAGUGACGGUGAUCGCACCAUUACGGCCACAACAAACGAAACUGCGUUCAACAUCACUCUACUGAAACCAGGCAGCCUCUACAGGAUAUCUGUACAUGCUUUCAACGAUGGCCGUCGGCGAAGGAAGCCUGGUCCCGCUUCAGUUAUAAGUGUAUCUACGGACCAACAACCGACUGUCAUCCCCUGGUCUCAGAGGAAAUGGCACCAUCACCUAGGAAGCACACGCUGAACUGCUGGUCAUCCAAAGUAUAAAUGGCGUCAAGGUGGGCACAACACUGGUUCAUUCAAUGAUGUUUAUGGACUUCUGACGCUGGCAUCACUCUUCCUUACCUCAAUAUGGUCCAGCUGAGGAGAAAUCCUGUGCUUUCAUCAAUGCAUCUUUAUUGCUUCCAAGGAAACUCACUGAGGAGAGCGCACUUCAGUCUUGAUGAGAAGAGAUCUCAAUAAUUAAACAUUUUUGAAUAUAU